CUCUGGCAGUGUGUUCUCGCCGCCGUCGCCGUCGUCGUCGUCUCCGCUGCGUCUCCGUCUCGGCCGCCGUCGCCGCGCCGUAAAGCGUCUCGCCGGACGAUCUCGGGCGUCGCGACGUCGGCGACGCUGUCGUUUCGCGUAUUGCUCUCUCUUUCUCUAUUUUUCUCUCUCUUUCUCUUCGUCCGCGUCACCACGUGUUUACGUCUUUUGCUCUCUCUUUUCCUUCCUCUCUCGUCCCCUAUUUUCCUGUCGGCCGCUGGUUCGCGCGUUCUCACUCGGAGAAACUCUCUCCCGGCGAGAGAAAACAGUGUCGCGCGAAGAUCCGCGGAUCUCUCGAUUGGGAGGCGAACGACGACUACGACGACGACGACGACGACGACGACGACGACGACGACGACGACGACGACGUACCGCCGAUGUCUCGCCAUCGCGGCGCAUCGCCGCGUCGAGUGCGGCAGUCCUGAGCGCGCCUUUGUCCGCGUGGUGAAGAGCGCGCGGCUAGAUCAGGCCGCGAGAAUACUCUCCUCCGCGUCGUGUGUGGACAAGCACCGCGUGGAGAAAUAUUUAUAUCACCCUUUUCGCGCGCAGGAAUGCCGCGGAUUCUCUACCGCGACCGCCGAAGCCCGUGGUAACACCGCGCCGUGUUCUGCUGCUCCUUCUCAUCGUCAUCGUCGCCGUCGCCGUCAUCGAACGGGUCGCGAUUGCUUUCCGGUCGCUGGAUAAAGCCAGUUUUCGAAGUUGGUCGAUGUUUUAUGUAUGAACCGAACCGUAAAACUCGACACGCGCGGGAGAAGCUGGUUUACGAUCGUUGCGAAAGUUGAGCGGUUUAUUUGUUUAUCGGUAUAUAGGUGCUUUUGUUUAUCAUCGAAGAGGAUGCGAGAUCGUAGACCUGAGCGUCGCCGAGGAGGAGUAGGAGGAACGAAGUGAAACUCCGAGCGUGGAGUUACGUCGCGGGUUGAACGGCGUGACGAUGUCGGUGCGAUUCCCGAUAUAUUCUCAACAAUCAGAGAACGUACGAUCGGGGAAAAUUCGAUUGUCUCGGUGGGGAGGAACUGCGCGCAUGUGAUCGGUAUUAGUCGUAAUAAACGCGUUGUCCCUUUCGAGAAUAUCGCCACUUGGAAAUAUUGAGUUACAAAACAUCGCGUGACGGCCAGCGACAUAAAGAUAAUAUUUACUCACUCGUCGUACUUUCGAUUGUCAAGUGACGAAAAUACUCUGCGAGCGGCAAGCGCCGCCGCGAACGUUGGAUCUAGCAUAGGUAGAGAAAGAGAGAGAGAGAAAGAGGGAGAGAGAGAGGAACGUGUUGCCACGAACACACAACACAGAUACGCACAAAUACACACCGCGUCGUGCUGCUUUUCCUAAUCUUGGAUAAGAGAGACGAUCUACGACGCUCUUGCCCAGACACUUCGUUCCACCAACUUAUUUUUGCAGCCGGAGGAUCAUCGCGAAUGCGAGAAUCAUGUUGCGCCGCGACGACGCCGCGAGAUCGUUUUUCCUGGGGCGGCCUGCCGACAGACUGUGCCGAUAGUGAAUCUCCUACCUGGGCCGAUCGUACCGUGGCACGUGCGCUGGAAUGCAGAGCAAAAUGCAAACGCUCAGCGGACUCGCCUUCGGGAACGUGUUCAAGAAGAAGGCGAAUAAGGUGACGGGGGGACCACCGGUGGGCAAUGCGCCGCCUCCACCUACGCUCAUCAACAAAAUCAAGUACCAACCGGGCGGGCCUGUGAUCAAAAAGGACAAACGGCAGAGCAGCUCAAGGUUCAAUAUAUCGAAGAAUCGGGAGCUGCAGAAGCUGCCCCUGUUAACCGAAACACAACAGGGCAACGAGCGGGAGGAACUUUUCAUACAGAAGCUGCGGCAGUGCUGCGUGCUCUUCGACUUCGAGUCCGAUCCCCUAUCGGAUUUAAAAUGGAAAGAGGUGAAGCGCACCGCUCUCCACGAGAUGGUCGAGUAUGUAACCAAAAACAAAAACGUUAUUACCGAAGCGAUUUAUCCCGAAGCAGUGAAUAUGUUCGCCGUGAAUCUAUUCCGAACGUUACCGCCGUCAUCGAAUCCCAAUGGCGCCGAGUUCGAUCCCGAGGAGGACGAGCCGACGUUGGAGGCAGCCUGGCCUCACUUACAGCUCGUCUACGAGUUCUUCUUGCGACUGCUGGAGUCGCAGGACUUCCAGCCGUCCAUAGCAAAGCGCUACAUAGAUCAGAAGUUCGUGCUGCAGCUUCUGGAACUGUUUGACUCUGAAGACCCGCGGGAAAGGGACUUCCUCAAAACGACUCUGCACAGAAUCUAUGGGAAAUUCCUGGGCCUCAGAGCGUACAUUAGGAAACAAAUAAACAACGUUUUCUAUCGAUUCAUUUAUGAAACGGAACAUCACAACGGUAUCGCCGAAUUACUCGAGAUUUUAGGAAGUAUUAUUAACGGCUUCGCCCUGCCAUUGAAGGAAGAACACAAGGUAUUCUUGUUGAAAGUUCUGUUACCCUUGCAUAAAGCUAAGUCAUUGUCCGUGUAUCAUCCGCAACUGGCGUACUGCGUCGUCCAAUUUCUGGAAAAGGAUCCGUCGUUGACGGAGCCCGUGAUUAGGAAUCUAUUGAAAUUCUGGCCGAAAACACAUUCCCCGAAGGAAGUCAUGUUCUUGAACGAGCUCGAGGAGAUACUGGAUGUCAUUGAGCCGGCCGAAUUCCAAAAAGUCAUGGAUCCGUUGUUCAGGCAGUUAGCCAAAUGCGUGUCGUCGCCGCAUUUCCAAGUGGCGGAAAGAGCUCUCUAUUACUGGAACAAUGAGUACAUAAUGUCCCUGAUAUCGGACAAUUACGCAGUCAUCCUACCAAUCAUGUAUCCAGCUUUCUAUAGAAACUCCCGCAACCACUGGAACAAGACGAUCCACGGUCUGAUCUACAACGCCCUGAAACUGUUCAUGGAGAUGAAUCAAAAAGUAUUCGAUGAAUGUACAACACACUACUAUCACGAACGUCAAAGAGAGCGAAAGCUCAUGAAAGAUCGGGACGAAGCGUGGAUGCGCGUAGAGGCUCUCGCAAUGAGACAUCCGAAUUAUAAUCUGUCUAACAAAAACACAACGAACAAUUUGUACACUUCGCCGCAACACAUAGACAACUCGCCGCCCGACGAAGACGGCGAUACGGAUCAAACUCCGCUCACUUUGGAGAAGAUCGAGGCUAAGGCUAACGAGGUACGAUAUAGUUCUCUUGCUAUGUCGCAGUGUACAAAGAAUUUGCUCGAGGCGAAGAAAAUGACAAAUGUGAACAAAGUGAAACCGCUUUUACGAAGGAAGAGUGAUUUACCACAGGACUCGUACACGAUGCGAGCGUUGUCGGACCACAAACGCGCCGACGAAUACCUUGUCACGCCGCCAGAUCCUAACAAUUGCUAGUCUCUACCACACCCCCUUCCCAUGUAUCCUCUGUUUUGCUGUAGCAACAUCGGGAGUUAGCUUUCUUUCCGGGGGGAGAAACGGCGAUAACAUGAAUGAACGAAUAAUUCGGCUGUCAUCCAUGAUAAUCCCGACUGUUAAUUAAUAAUAUCGAAAUUAAUAAUACCGUAUAGUUAUUACAACAUGCAUCACAUUAUAAUUUUCUUUUAAUUGAGUGAGGCGGGGAGAGAGGGAGAAAGAGAAAAUUGUGUAUGUGUGUAUGUAUUUUCUCUCGAUAUGCGAACAUAUGCGAUUCUCAAAGAGACAGUGUAUAGAUAUUCGUAGGAGCUUACGGUAAUGACUACUUGUUCGUCAUAGAUGUCUGGUAUUUAUUUGUUCAUCAUAUGAGAAAGAAAAUCGCAAUCGACAGAAGACGUUGUAAUCACGCGACCCGCUAUGGGACGACACGAUGAGACGUAUAUGUAGCAUGCGAAAAAGGUCCUAAAUACAUUGUUCGUAGAAUCUCCACCGCCGGUGGCACUCGAAGGUGUGCUACACAUUCUGCUCUACAUCUUUCAAAUAAGAUAAUACAUGGAUAAUGUAAACGAUACUACGUAAACGAUACUACAAAUACCGCGGUUGUAACGGAUUUGGUAUAUUCUACAAGAGAUUUUAUAUAUAGGUGAGGUUGAAUCGCGCGAAGAAUGUGAUCGAAAUUGUAAAACCGUAAACGCUCGAUGUUGUAACCCACUAUUGUGCUAUACGAGCUUGUCGUGUUAAUACCUCUGCGAAUGACGUUCCCAUUUAUGUGCAAAAUGAUAUAUACAUAUAUAAUAAAUAAUAUACUUGCUUUAACACUACAGGCUCGUUGUAGUAAGAAAGCAAAAGAGAGAGAGAGAGAAAGAGAACAAAUAACGAUAUUGAAAGAGAAAUGAGAAAGAAAAAAAGAACAGAGAAAGAAUACACGCCAAUGUGCGUUAUCUUAGGAUGUAUAUCAUAGUGCUAUUUUAAAGAUAAUAGAUUGCUACGAAAAAAAAUAUCUGGAUACUUCUGAGUGUACUACUUUUAUAUCUGUUGUGCCUAGAUGCCUGUGGAAUGCAUUCACGAUAUAAUAAAGUAAAAGGAAAAAAAGAGGACGCCUCCGCGCGCGGGGCCUAUUACGAAUUGCGAACGGAAAGAUUAAGCAGCGAGUUUACAUGUGUCGCUUUGCCAAAUGUAAUCGAUAUUACAGAAUUUCAGUAAUGCUUGCAUGACACGUUGCGUUGUUAACUCAUUGAUCUUGAGGUUGAAUUGAAAGAUUAUACUGUUGCGGCCAACAGAUUAUAUCGGGAGGGAACGGAACUUUCGAAAAGUGACCGAAAGCGGAUUGAGAUUGAAACGCACUUUAGAUCCUUGCGCUGUUGGCAGACUGUUACGUUAAAUACUGUCGAGGAUACCUUGUUGAAAAUAGAUACGAUAAGCACUUAUAUUAAAGAGAAAAAGAUUAGAAAUUAAAGCUACGAAGAUAGAUAUAAAGAUUAUUUACUUAUUAAUUAUUCCUUCACGAGUGAGGAAUGGCCAUUUCAGCUAAUUGAUUAGUGGUAUAUAAAUAUCAUUACAAUUUAUUCUAUCAUUUUUAUUAUAGUUAACGAGACGAAUAUAAUGACAAAGAAAAAACAUAGGGUAAUAGUAACUCUGUAGUUAGCUGGUUGUACAUGCGGCAUGCCUUGAAUAGUUCAAUCCGAAUGCCAGCGUUUUCUCUAAAUUAGAUCGAUAAUAAUGAUAAUAAUAAUAAAUAAAUCGCGUGUUUCCUUGAACGUUACGUUGGAGGGUGGGGGAGGGGGGUGUUGAACACACAGAUCGGCAUAAUAGAGUCUCAGCAAGUUAUAUCUUUCUGAAGCGCAAAUAUAUUUCUUUUAUGGGGAAUUCUAAAAUAAUACAACUUCACACGUCGAGGCUUAUUGUGCCGGUCUGCGUGAAUUCUUAUUACUGUACGCCGCAUGCAGCAACUCGAAACACAAAAAUAAAAGUAAAAGAAAACAUCGAAUCAGAUAGUCACCGCGAAUGUGAAUGUGUGCGCCUGCAGAAGCUUAAGUCGAGCCGUAGAGAAACGAGAAAAAGAAUAAAUUAAACAUAAUAAUAGAGUAAUAAUAAUAUUAAUAAUAAUGAUAACGAUAAUUGAUAAUAAUAGUAAUAAUAAUAAAAGUAACGCAGUAAAAAGAAGAUAUGCCGGUCAUUUCAUAUGUAAUAAAGACACGUUAACCUUGCAUGCUACCGUGGGAGUUUUUUCAUACGUAAUAUACUGCGUGUAAAGCACUGUCUCAUUCGCGAUUGUGUAUUUUUUUAAGUGGAGAAUCCUAACGAGAAUCGAAGCCGCUGUGUGUUACGCGCGUGAUAUCUCGAUCACAGUUCGGACUCACUCUCAGUGGAGACGAUUUCGAGGAUGAAAAUUGAAAUGAAAAGGGGAAAAAGAGAAAACGAACGAACGGAGAACUGACAUCGGUUUCAAUUCUCGAGUUCAAGUCGCCGGGAAUCAGAGUCGAGAGAACAUCUCGCCCGUCACCGUACGCGAAACUGUGAAAAGGAGCUAUUUGAAAAAUCCUCAAUCAAAUAGAUCCACGCUCUCUUUUCGAUUCACGAGUCCGGUAAGGGGAAACCUCGUCGAACAGAGCUUGUAAUUUCAUGUACCUGUAUAUACCAUGUAAAUAAUACACAUUAAUUUUUCCAUA